AUGCCUCAUAAGUUUCGACUAGAACGAUUGAUCAUGUCUUCAUCAUCGAACCCUACGACAACAACAGCAACCACAGCUCAACGUCGUUUGAUGCGUGAUUUACGUGACUUGACACAGAAUCCUGUUGAAGGUAUUAAUGCCGCACCAGUCAGUGCAGAUAACAUUUUUCAAUGGAAUGCCAUACUUGACGGACCUGACGAUAGUCUGUUCGAAGAUGCAAGCUUUGUUUUGACAUUGAAGUUUCCACAAGACUAUCCUAAUCAUCCACCUGAUGUAAAAUUUGUUACAAAAGUUUUCCAUCCAAAUAUCUAUAUGGAUGGAUCGAUCUGUUUGGAUAUAUUACAGCAGCGUUGGAGUGCAAGUUUAGACGUCUCGACGUUAUUAGUUUCGAUUCGUUCACUAUUAACUGAUCCAAACCCUGCGUCGCCAGCUAAUUCUGAAGCAGCCAUGCUGUACCAAAACCAUCGCCGCGAUUAUGAACGACGCGUACGCGAGUACAUCGAUCAGCAAAUUAUGGAAGAUGAAGAUAACGAUGAAAAUGGUGAUGGAACUUCGACUACAGAUAAAAAGAACAAUAUAACAGCGACAACAACAACAUCACCACCACCACCUUCAGCUAGUGACUAG